UUUAGACUACGUGUCUAAGCGAAGAAUGUGUCGUUGCAUUUCAGAUCGGUUAUAAUUUUCGAGUUACUGGCUGGAAUUGGGACAUGAAUCGGACGCCGAAGAUGCUGAACAGCAAGGUGGCUGGCUACAGCAGCCUAAUCACCUUCGCCAUCCUGCUAAUCGCCUGGCUGGCCGGAUUUUCCUCUCGCCUCUUCGCCGUCAUCCGUUUCGAGUCGAUUAUCCAUGAGUUUGAUCCGUGGUUCAACUACCGGGCCACCGCCUACAUGGUGCAGAAUGGUUGGUACAACUUCCUCAACUGGUUCGACGAGCGCGCAUGGUAUCCGCUCGGCAGGAUUGUGGGCGGUACCGUCUAUCCCGGCCUGAUGAUUACGUCCGGCGGAAUCCAUUGGCUGCUGCACGUACUCAACAUACCGGUCCAUAUUCGUGACAUCUGCGUGUUCCUGGCGCCGAUCUUCAGUGGCCUGACCUCCAUCUCCACCUACCUGCUGACCAAGGAGCUGUGGUCCGCGGGCGCCGGCCUCUUCGCCGCCAGCUUCAUCGCCAUCGUGCCUGGCUACAUCAGUAGGUCGGUGGCUGGAUCGUACGAUAACGAGGGCAUUGCCAUAUUCGCCCUGCAGUUCACCUACUUCCUGUGGGUGCGCUCAGUGAAGACUGGAUCCGUGUUCUGGUCGGCCGCAGCCGCUUUGUCCUACUUCUACAUGGUGUCCGCCUGGGGUGGCUACGUGUUCAUCAUCAACCUGAUACCCCUGCACGUCUUCGUACUGCUCAUUAUGGGCAGGUACUCGCCGCGUCUGCUGACCAGCUACAGCACCUUCUACAUCCUGGGACUGCUGUUCUCCAUGCAGAUCCCCUUCGUGGGAUUCCAACCGAUACGCACCAGUGAACACAUGGCUGCGCUGGGAGUGUUUGUGCUCCUUAUGGCCGUGGCCACCUUGCGCCAUUUGCAGUCCGUGCUGUCGCGCAACGAGUUCCGGAAGCUGUUCAUCGUCGGCGGAUUGCUGGUGGGCGUUGGCGUCUUUGUGGCCGUCGUGGUGCUCACCAUGCUGGGCGUUGUGGCCCCGUGGAGUGGACGCUUCUACUCGCUGUGGGAUACUGGCUACGCCAAGAUCCACAUUCCCAUCAUUGCAUCCGUGUCGGAGCAUCAGCCCACCACUUGGUUCUCGUUCUUCUUUGAUCUGCACAUCCUGGUGUGCGCCUUCCCAGUGGGAGUGUGGUACUGCAUCAAGCAGAUCAACGACGAGCGCGUUUUCGUGGUGCUGUACGCCAUCAGUGCGGUUUACUUCGCUGGUGUGAUGGUGCGUUUGAUGUUGACCCUCACGCCGGUGGUGUGCAUGCUGGCCGGAGUGGCCUUUUCGGGACUGUUGGAUGUGUUCCUGCAAGAGGAUUCGUCUAAGCGAAUGGGCACAGCCAUAAGCGCAGCCACCGAAGUGGAUGAAGCUGAGGAUUCCAUUGAGAAGAAGACGCUGUACGACAAGGCUGGCAAGCUGAAGCAUCGUACUAAGCAUGAUGCCCAGCAGGAUACUGGCGUCAGCUCCAACCUGAAGAGUAUUGUUAUUUUGGCCGUUCUAAUGCUGUUGAUGAUGUUCGCUGUCCACUGCACGUGGGUGACCAGCAAUGCCUACUCCAGUCCCUCCAUUGUCUUGGCUUUCCACAACAGUCAAGAUGGAUCCCGCAACAUUUUAGACGAUUUCAGAGAGGCUUACUACUGGCUUUCGCAGAACACUGCCGAUGAUGCUCGCGUUAUGUCUUGGUGGGAUUACGGAUACCAGAUAGCGGGAAUGGCAAACAGAACGACGCUAGUGGAUAAUAAUACGUGGAACAAUAGUCACAUAGCGCUGGUUGGCAAGGCAAUGUCUUCAACCGAGGAGAAGUCCUACGAAAUUAUGACAUCUCUUGACGUGGACUACGUUUUGGUGAUCUUUGGCGGUGUGAUCGGCUAUUCUGGCGAUGAUAUCAACAAGUUCCUGUGGAUGGUCCGAAUUGCUGAGGGAGAGCAUCCCAAGGACAUUAAGGAAAGCGAUUACUUUACCGACCGCGGUGAAUUCAGGGUAGAUGCCGAAGGUGCUCCGGCCCUGCUCAACUGCCUUAUGUACAAAUUAAGCUACUACAGAUUCGGGGAAUUGAAGUUGGACUACAGAGGUCCAUCUGGAUAUGAUCGCACACGUAACGCCGUCAUUGGGAAUAAGGACUUCGAUCUGACCUACCUGGAGGAGGCCUACACCACAGAACACUGGCUUGUUCGCAUCUAUAGGGUGAAGAAGCCGCAUGAGUUCAAUAGACCAUCACUGAAGACCAAGGAGAGAACGAUUCCUCCAGCAAACUUCAUUUCGAGAAAGAACUCUAAGCGUCGCAAGGGCUACAUACGAAACCGACCGGUUGUUGUUAAGGGAAAACGAACCUUGAAAUAAACCCAAAAAAAAAAUAAUUGUAUUGAUCUUUCACCAAUAUAUAUAACUUGGUUAAAACACUUUACACAUAGCACAUAGUUUGGUGAAAGUGUGUCCACCGCAUCCUCAUGUUGAGGGCUUUAAUCGCCGCCUCAAAUUCAACUUUCACAUACUUCCCGACUCGUGCGACACAAUUUUAUCGAGUUGCUGCUUUCGUAAAAUUUCCGGUUCCUUCGAUUUAAAUCUGUUCGCGGCUCCACCAUUCAUUGUCUUAAGCUAGCAAUUCAAUAAAGCAGAGUGUACAUUUUUAAACCUU